CAGCCUGUCAACUUCCCAGGUGGGAUUUCUUGUAGUUAAUAGACGGAGCUCAGAGCCCCAAAAAGCAGUGCAUUCAGUGGAGGCAGAGAACACACUGCAAAAAGCCUUUCCCAGAACACGCUGUCAUGGCCCGGAGCGGCACGUUCCAGGCACAUCAGGUGAUAUCUCUGUUCACUUUUGCUAUCGGAGCCAAUAUCUGCUUGGGAUUCACAGCACAUCGAAUUAAGAGGGCAGAAGAAUGGGAUGAAGGCCCUCCGACAGUGUUAUCAGACUCGCCCUGGACCAACACCUCCGGAUCUUGUAAGGGUCGAUGUUUCGAACUUCAAGAAGUUGGACCUCCUGAUUGUCGCUGUGACAACCUGUGUAAGAGCUACAGCAGUUGCUGCCAUGACUUUGAUGAGCUUUGUCUGAAGACAGCUGGCGGCUGGGAGUGCACGAAGGACAGAUGCGGAGAAGUCAGAAACGAAGACAAUGCAUGUCACUGCUCAGAGGACUGCUUGGCCAGGGGGGACUGCUGCACCAACUACCAAGUGGUUUGCAAAGGAGAGUCACACUGGGUGGAUGAUGACUGUGAGGAAAUCAAGGCACCAGAAUGCCCUGCAGGGUUUGUCCGCCCUCCAUUAAUCAUCUUCUCCGUGGAUGGCUUCCGUGCCUCAUACAUGAAGAAAGGCAGCAAGGUCAUGCCUAACAUCGAAAAACUCAGGUCUUGCGGUACUCACUCUCCUUACAUGAGGCCUGUGUACCCGACGAAGACAUUUCCCAACUUGUACACCUUGGCCACUGGGCUGUAUCCAGAAUCACAUGGAAUUGUUGGCAAUUCAAUGUACGAUCCCGUAUUUGAUGCCAGUUUCUAUCUUCGAGGGAAAGAGAAGUUUAAUCACAGAUGGUGGGGAGGCCAACCACUAUGGAUUACGGCCACCAAGCAAGGGGUGAAAGCAGGGACAUUCUUCUGGUCUGUGAUCAUCCCUCACGAGCGGAGAAUAUUAACCAUACUGCAGUGGCUGUCCCUGCCAGACAACGAAAGGCCUUCGGUCUAUGCCUUCUAUUCCGAGCAACCUGAUUUCUCUGGACACAAAUAUGGCCCUUUUGGCCCUGAGGAGAGUAGUUAUGGCUCACCUCUUACUCCGGCUAAGAGACCUAAGAGGAAGGUUGCCCCUAAGAGGAGACAGGAAAGACCAGUUGCUCCUCCAAAGAAAAGAAGAAGAAAAUUACAUAGGAUGGAUCAUUAUGCCGUGGAAGCUCGUCAGGACAAAAUGACAAAUCCUCUGAGGGAAAUCGACAAAACAGUGGGGCAACUAAUGGACGGACUGAAACAGCUGAAGCUGCAUCGCUGUGUAAACGUCAUCUUUGUCGGAGACCACGGAAUGGAAGAUGUCACAUGUGAGAGAACUGAGUUUUUGAGCAAUUACCUGACGAACGUGGACGACUUCAUUUUAGUGCCUGGAACUCUAGGAAGGAUUCGAUCCAAACCUAAUAAUAAUGCUAAAUAUGACCCUAAAGCCAUCAUUGCUAAUCUCACGUGUAAAAAACCAGAUCAGCACUUUAAGCCUUACUUGAAACAGCACCUUCCCAAGCGCUUGCACUACGCCAACAACAGAAGAAUCGAGGACAUCCAUUUGUUGGUGGAGCGCAGGUGGCAUGUUGCAAGGAAACCUUUGGAUGUUUACAAGAAACCAUCGGGAAAAUGUUUCUUCCAGGGAGACCAUGGAUUUGAUAACAAGGUCAACAGCAUGCAGACUGUUUUCGUAGGUUAUGGCCCAACAUUUAAGUACAAGACCAAGGUGCCUCCAUUUGAAAACAUUGAACUUUACAAUGUUAUGUGCGAUCUCCUGGGAUUGAAGCCGGCUCCUAACAACGGGACGCACGGAAGUCUGAAUCACCUGCUGCGUACAAACACCUUCAGGCCCACCAUGCCCGAGGAAGUCACCAGGCCCAGUUACCCAGGGAUCAUGUACCUGCAGUCUGAUUUCGACCUGGGCUGCACCUGUGAUGAUAAGGUAGAGCCAAAGAACAAACUGGAUGAACUCAACAAACGCCUUCAUGUAAAAGGGUCUACAGAAGAGAGACACCUCCUCUAUGGACGGCCUGCAGUGCUUUAUCGGACUCAAUAUGAUAUCUUAUAUCAUACUGAUUUUGAAAGCGGUUACAGUGAGAUAUUCCAAAUGCCACUCUGGACGUCAUACACCGUUUCCAAACAGGCUGAGGUCUCUGGCAUCCCCGAGCACUUGACCAACUGCGUCCGGCCCGAUGUUCGUGUUUCUCCGAGUUUCAGUCAGAGCUGUUUGGCCUACAAAAAUGAUAAACAGAUGUCGUAUGGAUUCCUCUUCCCUCCUUACCUGAGCUCUUCACCAGAAGCUAAAUAUGACACAUUCCUUGUAACCAAUAUGGUCCCAAUGUAUCCUGCUUUCAAACGAGUUUGGAAUUACUUCCAAAGGGUAUUGGUAAAGAAAUACGCUUCAGAAAGGAAUGGAAUUAACGUGAUAAGCGGACCCAUUUUUGACUACGACUUCGAUGGCUUACAUGACACACAGGACAAAAUCAAGCAGUACGUGGAAGGCAGCUCCAUCCCCGUUCCAACUCACUACUACAGCAUCCUCACCAGCUGCCUGGACUUCACUCAGCCUGCGGACAAGUGCGACGGCCCCCUCUCCGUCUCCGCGUUCAUCCUUCCGCACAGACCCGACAACGACGAGAGCUGCAACAGCUCAGAGGAUGAGUCGAGAUGGGUAGAAGAGCUCAUCAAGAUGCACACAGCGCGUGUGCGAGACAUAGAACAUCUCACCAGCCUGGAUUUCUUCCGGAAGACCAGCCGCAGCUACUCAGAAAUUCUGGCGCUAAAGACGUACCUGCACACGUACGAGAGCGAGAUCUAACGUUCUGCUCCUCCGCAGGGCCGUCUUGUCAACUGGUGUAUAUUUUUAUAUUGUGUUUGUAUUUAUUAAUUUGAAACCAGGACAUUACAAAAUGUUAGUAUUUUAAUCCUGUACCAAAUCUUGCAUAUUUUGCCUGAAUGACUCCACUGUUUUUCUCUAAUGCUUGGUCUAGGUAGCCUCGUGCUCUGCGUAGAGCUUGUAAUAAAUACUGCAGCUUGCGUUUUUUAGUGGGAGCUUCUAAAUGGUGCUGCAGACUUGAGAUUUGCAUGGAAGAAAUGCUAAUUUUCCAAUGCACAGUUACGACAUGUAGUCCUGUACUGUAUCAAAAUACUGAUUUUGUAAAGUUGCAUUUAUUUACUGUUAAUUAUGACAGACGUAUUUAAGCCUUAUAAACCAAUCUUAAAUAUAAUAAAUCACACAUCCAGUUUUU